AUUUGAAAAAAAAUAUGGAGGGUAGUAUCAAGUGCAACGCCAACUAUGUUCCUCUCACUCCAAUAAGCUUCUUGGAACGUUCAGCCAUUGUUUAUAGUGACAAAGUUUCUAUCAUCUAUGGUGAUGUGACUUACACGUGGUCUCAAACUCAUCAACGAUGCAUCAAACUUGCUUCUUCAAUUUCUCAACUUGGUGUUUCUCCUAAUGAUGUGGUUGCUGUGCUUGCUCAUAAUAUUCCAGCCACAUAUGAGCUUCAAUUUGCUGUUCCAAUGUCAGGAGCUGUUCUCUGCACCCUCAAUACUCACCAAGAUUCAUCAAUGGUUUCAUUGUUAUUGAAUCAUUGUGAUGCCAAAAUUCUUUUUGUUGAUCAUCAAUUAUUUGAUAUUGCCAAGGGUGCACUUGAAAUCCUUUCAAAAUCAACCACCAAGCUUCCAAUCUUGGUCUUAAUUUUGGACUCUGAUGAGAACACCUCUGUCUCAUCCAACACAUUGAUCUAUGAGAAUCUUAUAGCUGAAGGGAAACUUGAUUUUGAGGUGAGGAGACCAAAGGAUGAAUGUGAUACAAUUUCAAUAAGUUACACUUCUGGAACCACAUCAACUCCUAAGGGUGUAAUCUUUAGCCAUAGAGGUGCUUAUCUUAAUUCUUUGGCUACAAUUAUUAUUAAUGAAAUGAAAUCAACAUCAGUGUAUUUAUGGUGUGUUCCUAUGUAUCAUUGCAAUGGAUGGUGUGUCCCUUGGAGUAUUGCUGCUCAAGGUGGCACAAAUGUUUGCCUAAGAAAUGUAACUGAUAAAGAUAUAUUUGACAAUAUCUUUAAGCACAAUGUAACUCACAUGGGAGGAGCACCAGCACUUCUGAACAUGUUAAUAAAUUCACCAAUUAGGAAGCCGCUUUCUGGGAAGGUGGUAGUGAUGAGUGGCGGUGCUCCACCACCACCAGAUAUUUUUUCUAGUGCGGAAGAACUAGGAUUUCAUGUAACUCAUGCAUAUGGUAUGACUGAAACUUAUGGUCCUGCUUCAAUUUGCACAUGGAAGCCAGAAUGGGCUAGUCUACCUCCAGACGCGCAGGCGAAAAUGAGGGUGCGUCAAGGAGUACAACAUGUUGGAAUGGACGAACUUGAUAUAAAAGAUCCUGCUACAAUGAAGAGUGUGCCGGCUGAUGCAAAAACCAUCGGUGAGGUGAUGUUUAGGGGAAACAAUGUGAUGAAUGGAUAUCUCAAGGAUUUGAAAGCAACACAGGAUGCAUUUGAAGGUGGAUGGUUCAGGACAGGUGACAUGGGAGUAAAGCAUACUGAUGGUUACAUAGAAGUUACGGAUAGAGCAACGGAUGUUGUCAUAUCCGGGGGUGAAAACAUUAGCACAAUUCAGUUGGAAGGUGUGAUUUUUAGUCAUCCAGCAGUUUUUGAGGCUGCUGUGGUUGGAAGACCAGAUGAAUAUUGGGGAGAGACACCUUGUGCAUUUGUGAAACUGAAGGAAGGGUACAAUGCUACAGAAGAGGAGAUUAUACAACUUUGUCAGAAACAUUUGCCUAGUUUUAUGGCUCCUCAAACUGUUGUGUUUGGUGAUCUACCAAAGACAUCAACUGGAAAGACACAAAAAUAUGUUCUGAGAGGGAAGGCAAAGGCUAUGGGAAGCUUGUAUAAGAAGAAAACAUUAGCCGAUUAAUAAAAUAGAAUAGAAUAAAUAAUAAUACUCUUCAAUGUUAUGUGAUUUCAUGUUAAUUACUACUUUCACUUGUUAUAUGAACAGUUGUAAAAAAAUGUGUAC